AACAAUGGCGGUGUAGAUUUGAGCUAUGCGACAACUGUUGUUGUUUUUUGGGGCUCCAUGAUCGGGUUUCCAGCCACCAACGACCUUGUAUAACAUCAACAUGGGUGUACAAGGCCAAAAAUACUAGUUUACGACAGUGUUUGCCCACGAUAGCGCCUCAAUAUGUGGAAACAUUCGGGAUAACUUUUGAGCCGUCGAGUGUCUGAUGAAUUAUGCAUUUGUGUUUUGCUAGACCGUCUGGUAGACAACGUGUACAGCACAGACUCUAACAAAAUGAAGAGGGCAGUAUGAUAAGCGAGUUAAUCUUCUUUUAAAAUGGACAAUUCUGAAAGUAUUACUGGUUCAUCUUUGGAGAAUACCAAAGGAUUGCAUCAAGGUGACGGAGAAUUACAUCAGGCCGAGAAACUACAAGCUGAUGCGAUGGAAGGUGCUCCUCUUAAGAACAGGGCCGGGACAGCAAAGAAAGAUGAUGGAAAGGAGGAAAGUGGAAUUUUAACUGAAGAACAGAAGAAACAGCACUCUGAAAAAACAAUCAAGGAACUGGAGUCUCACUUUGUUUUGCCGAAUGAUAAACUCAAGGAUCCAAAUAGGUGUUUAGAUGCUCCUUUUUACUGUGAAGUGUGUGAAGUGAAACUACCAAAUAUUACCAAAUGUUGGUCUCAUAUUAAAACCAAGGGUCACAAGAGAGCAUUGAAGACCAAAGGAAAGAUCUUGUCCCUAGCAAAAGUUGCCCCCCCUUCAGAACACCAAACUUUAGCGCUGAGCAAGCUUCUGGAUUCAGUGUUUUUGGAGCAUGGUUUAUGUCCUGUGAAGGAUUUACCAAUCAGACAAAAGGUUGCAGAAAAUGUUGGCAAGGCAGUGUGCACCAUGUUUCCAGAAUGUUCAGUCUCUCUUUACGGAUCCUCCUUGACUGGUUUUGGUCUGAAGGAUAGUGAUGUCAAUCUUGAUCUUGCCAUCCCAGAUGAGGUGGAUGUGCCCCAUGUUCUGUUGUCAAUUUUGGAUUUGCUUCAAAAUGAUGGUAAGGUGAUACAGGGUAGUGUUUGCCGUAAUCUCUUCCCAAUAUUUAUGAUGAUUUGUAACAUUGAUUGUCAAUCCGAGGGAGGUCUGCCAGGGUACUCACUGGCUCUGAUGGUGAUUCAGUUCCUUCAGGAGCUAAAACCUCCUGUUCUGCCGAGAUUGGAGCCAAUUGAAGCUAUUGAAAAGGACUGUCCAGAUGCUUUAAAAUACUUUGUCGGUGUUAAUAAGGAGGCGAGUGGGAGUUUGUGGUUUCAGCUCUUUAGGUUUUACUGUGUUGACUUUGAUAUUCCAAACUUCGUGAUUUCCAUCAAAGACCCAAUGCCUGUUUCACGGGAGAAGAAGAAAUGGGGCCACCGCCGAAUAGCAGUUGAAGAUCCCUUCUCUUCCAAACGGAAUGUUGCUUCUUCACUAAGUAGUGACGCAGCGUAUGACUAUUUCUAUUCUUGCUGGAUAAACAGUUUUCUGUAUUUUGGUUCCUUGCCUAAUGCGGCACAGAAUGGACCAGUCGCAGAGAUAAAAAAUGUCAAAUCAAACCUGACGCACAAGAAGAAUGACAAUAAAACAGGAAAAACUAAGAAACAGGAAGAUAAACGGGUAACCAAUGAAGAGGCUAUUUUUGAAAUCGAUGACUUAGACCCUACAACAAAACAAAUGGAGACUCUAGAUCUCUCCAGCAAUAAUUGUGAAGAUGGCAGUGCCUCUCAAGGACAAACUACACAAGAUUCUCCAAGCUUGAAGAGUAAGGAUCAAAUUGACGCAGACAAUGAAGUCGAGGGGAACUUAACUGCAGCCGAUGGUGAAGAUGCCAGUGAAUUUAAAGUUAAACAAACAGCAUCUGGGGAUUCUGGAGGUGAAAGCAGUAGUUCCAAAGAUGUAAACAGCGACGCAGCUGCUACUCAACAAAAUGUUGAGUACAGAUUUGAUGUUGAAGUGUUUACAGGAAACAAACAACCUGUUAAGACGUGCUGUUUCUGUAAGGAGGAUGGGCACGUCAAGGAGCAGUGUCCAGAUCUAAGGAAGCCAACACUGACUAGGCUGCCACCAAUGACUCCUCAAUUCAGUGCAGUGUUGGAUUUUGUUUGCAAGAAGUGUAGAGCUGAUUUUGAGUUUGAGAAAUCAGAAGUUUCAUACAGAGAGAAAGUGUUGAAGAAUUUAGAAGGCUACAUCCGCCAGAUAUUUCCAGAUGCAAGACUCUUCUUAUUUGGCUCAUCCAAGAAUGGCUUUGGUUUCCGAAACAGCGACAUUGACAUCUGCAUGACCUUAGAAAAUCAAGUCAAAGAGGAGGUGGAUUGUGUUGACGUGAUUAUCGGACUUUCCAAGCUGCUGAAAAAACACAAAGACUGCGGCAAUGUGCUGGCCAUAACAACAGCUAAAGUUCCCAUUGUGAAGUUCUAUCUUCGCAGUUGUAAACGCGAGGCUGAUAUAAGCCUUUACAACACACUUGCGUUAGAGAACACCAAGAUGCUUGCUACAUACGCUAAACUGGAUGAUCGUGUUGCAACUUUAGGUUAUGCUGUUAAGGUGUUUGCUAAGGUGUGUGACAUUGGAGACGCUUCCAAGGGCAGCUUGUCAUCUUAUGCAUACAUUCUCAUGAUGCUUCACUACCUGCAGCAGUGCAAACCUCCAGUCAUUCCAGUGCUGCAGUCCCUGUACACUGAUAGCAAGCCACCUGAGAAGAUUGUGGAUGGAUGGAACUGCUGGUUCCUAAGUGACCUGAAGAAAAUUCAAAGCAUUUGGAAUCCAAAAGAAAAGAAUCCCUCCAAUGCAGGACUUCUGUGGUAUGGCUUUUUGAGGUAUUACACGGAAGAGUUUGACUUUGAGCAUGACGUAGUAUGUUGUAGAAGAACAAAGAAGCUGACGAAAUUUGAAAAGAUGUGGACCAAGCAUGUAUUUGCUAUCGAAGACCCAUUUAAUCUUGACCACAACUUGGGUGCUGGCGUGACAAGGAAAAUGGCCAGUUACAUUUUGACGACCUUCAUUAGAGGACGCGAAAGGUUCGGAUUUCCACGAUACGACAUACUAGCGGAACACUUACAGAGGUUCUUCUUUGAUGUGUAUUACCUCACAGAUGGCUACGAGGCUCCGACCGACAGGAAUUGUCGUGUUUGUGGCAAGAUAGGGCACAUGGCGAAAGAUUGUCCACAUUCCAAGGCCAACCGAAGAGCUGAACAAAAGAAGGAGGAAGAAGAACGCCGAUUGGGAAAGGAACCAGAGGGAAUGACCCAGAAGCCUUUCAGUGCACGUCCAAGGUCAGCGUCUUCCCCGAACAAACAGGGACAGGACAGAAAUGCUGAUCGAGGUACGCCUCUGUCAACAGCGCAGCCUAAGAAAAUUCCAUCUCGCCAAGAACCGAAUGUCUCGAAUCACUUAUCUAGAUCUCAACCAGACUCGCAAGUUGAUGCAUCUCCUUUGAAAACAAACCAGGGCAGCGAAAUUGAAGACGUUGCAGAAAAUGGCCGUGAAAGAGUUCAACCUGAGAUACCUCAUGCACAAUUACCUGGCCAAAAUCUUCAGACGGUUGUGACCAGUGAGAAUGUAGUUUCUGGAAGUCGCGAGACAAUGCAAGAUACAAAAAAUACGCAGUGGCAGUCCAUACAAGCCUCUUCAACCUCUGUUGUUAAGAAUGAAAUUGGUGUAAUGAAUAUGAUUGCUUCAUGUGGUGAUGUUGUCACUGAGCCAUCAGGUGUUAGACCACUUGUGCACUUGCCAAGCCCUGUGAACAGUGGUAUUGGAACAGCCGUUGGGACAGUUGAAACAGCAACAGUGCAAGCCUCUCAUGCAGGAGGCGUGAAACCACCUCCUGGAUUGCCUCCUGGGUUCCACACUCCUGAUGGCACUCCUCAGGUAUCUCGUAUAUCUAGUGAAGGACCACCACCUCUGAUGGCGGGAAACAUUCCACAGUCUCCUCCUUUGAACAUGUCGCCAGUUGGUAUGUUCCAAGGUCAUCCCAUUGUCCUUGGCACUCCACCACAGCACCCACCGGGCAUGGCCAGCCCCAGUGGCCAGUUGGUGGGUUCUCCAAUUCAACGCGACCUGUGGCUCCGGCAACAAGGUGGAAUGAUGCCGAGUCCACUUUCCCCUCCUGUCAGGCCACUCGUUCCUUAUCCUCUGUCACCUGAACUCCAUCACUUGCAGCCGCAGCAGCAGUGGAGAGGUCCCUCGGAAAGUUUGCCUGUUGAUCUUCAAGGUUCCCCACUACGUGGACACCAACGUCUCGCAGAGCACAAUCACCAGAUGCUUCCCCAGAGUCCUCCAAACAUUUCCAGAAGUGUCAUGUGGCCGUUGCCCCCAAACAGCCCGUAUCAUAAUUUGGGCAGUUACCCUGACCCAGCCAUUAUCAUAGAGCAGCACUUUCGUCUUCCGGGACAUCAUCCUCCGUUCCCUGGCAACAGUUCUCCUUGUGUGGUGCCGCAGCAGACUCAGAUUCCUCAUGGUACCCCUCCAGGACCUCCAGUUGGUUCACCCCAGCAGAUGCCCCAGCUUCCACACCAAGGAGCCAUCUUACCACCUGUCCUUGGAACCCACAUGACAGGAGAGCAGUUCUUCAGCUUUAUGCGGGCAGUUGAAGAAGAAUCGAAGAAAGAGGAAGGUCUUCCAACGAAAUUGUCUUCAAAUAAAGAGUCUGAGUCAAAAGAAUUGCACAUUACUCCAAAGAGUUUGAAAGUUGCCAAGACUCCUGAAGAACACAAGCUGCUAUCCAAACUGAGCAAGGUGAAGAGCCUUUGGGAAGGGGGUAACACCCAUGAGUUCCCAAAUCCAGAAACAAGCGAGGAAUUAGAUCCCACCGAGGAUGCCAACCUCGAGGGGAAAGGUUCUAUAGGACAUUCUGUUCCUGAUGCAAAAUUACCUGAAAAGAGAGAAGCUUGGGUAAACGAAAACGAUAGCACUGAAGUAGUGCGGAUGACUCAAGAUGAACUAGAUGAAUCUGAAGGAGAAGCACCGAACAAUACAGCUUCGUUGACUGAAGACAGCAGUGUAAUGUCCUCUGAAACCGUCAGCAAGGAAAAACGGACUCCCUAUAGCGUACCAGUGGCUUCUGAGGAGAAAUUGGAAGACCAAUCCGGUAAAAGUGACCAAGAACACUCACAGAAAAGCGAACAACGACCACCAUCUGAUGCGAAAGCGUCGAUGGCGUCUGAAGAAGCCCCAAGGAAAAAGCCUACUAGGCGUGGUGGUCGAGGCAGAAAACCCAACGGCCCUGGCCCCAGACACAACGAGAAUGCCAAUAGAACCCCAGAGAAGCAGAAGUCCUCAGCUGGUAACGCAACUCAAGGGAAGAACACUCCCACACGAAGUCACCAUCAGAAAGGUUCUGAUGACUUCAAAGGUGACGUCCCGAAUGCUGAUAGAACCCCAGAGAAGCAGGAGAAGUCCUCAGCUGCUAACGCAACUAAAGGCAAGAACACUCCCACGCGAAGUCGUCAUCCGAAAGGUUAUGACGACUUCAAAGGUGACGUUCCGAAUGCUGAUAGAACUCCAGAGAAGCAGGAGAAGUCCUCAGCUGCUAACGCAACUAAAGGCACGAACACUCCCACGCGAAGUCGUCAUCCGAAAGGUUAUGACGACUUCAAAGGUGACGUUCCGAAUGCUGAUAGAACUCCAGAGAAGCAGGAGAAGGCCUCAGUUGCUAACCCAACUAAAAGCAANGAACACUCCCACGCGAAGUCGUCAUCCGAAAGAACUCCAGAGAAGCAGGAGAAGGCCUCAGUUGGUAACCCAACUAAAAGCAAAAACACCCCUACACGAAGUCGUCAUCCGAAAGGUAACGACGACUUCGCAGGUGACGCUCCGAAGGCUUCGCCUAAAAAUCCUAGAGCUGAGCGUCCUGAAGGCAGCCAAGGUGACGCGCAAGGAGCUCAUGGUGGCGCCGAGUCCACGCCACGUCAGUUGCCUAAAACUGUGGAAACAAGCGAGAAGAGCGGCGGUAAAAAAGGAACACCAGACGCAAACAAGCAAGACCACGUUAAGAAUACACGAACAGGGAACCCCGCUAAUUCACCCGGGGAUUCUAGUAAAGGAGGAGCCCCCAACCGGGGACGUAGAAGACCCCGAUCCCGUACCAGUAAAGGUUCACCAGGCGACGCAAAGCAGGAUACUAGAAACAGAAGCAACAGUACGCCAGAGAAACGUCCGCCAAAGAAUCCAUAA